AUGCCCCAACCCGAUCGUAUUCUUUUAGUUGUUUCAAUCCUUGAAGGUCGAAAUUUUCCAAAUCAACCAUCAUGUCAAUUAACUGUUGAUGCUAAAUUUGAUGGUGAAAUUCUUACAACAGAUCCUGUUGAAUUUACAUCAACACCUGAUAUUAAUCAAGAAUUAGCUUGGGAACUUGAUAAAAAAACUUUUCAAUUACAUAAAUUACAACGUAGUGUUAUAAAAUGUAAUGCAUAUUCAACAACAUCAUCUGGACAACGUGAAAAUCUUGGUUAUUUUAUUAUUGAUAUUCGACCAUUAAAUACAAGUCAAAAAAUUCGUUGGCAUCAUUUGUUACAAACAAAAUAUCCAAAAUUAAAACCAGAAUUUAGUAUUUGUGCAUAUAUUGAAGAUGAUCAAACAACAAGAAGUGGAUCGGCAACAUCAAAAAUUAGUAAAACACCAUCAAAUACAGCUAUAUCAACAACUACAACAUCAAAUCGUUCAAAACAUCUUCAACCAAUUCUUCUUGAAGAUAAAGGUUAUUAUCAAUUAGGACCUGAUGUUUCAUCAGCAGAAAUAUUUUCAUUAUCAAUAACAAUACGUUCUGCAAAAAAUCUUAUACAUCUUGUAUCAUCAAGUACAAAUUUAAAUACUCAAGAUGAGUAUUUUUUUGAUUAUGCACUUUUUGGUAAUAGAAUUAAAACAGAAACAUUUCAUAAUUUAAUUCAACCAGAAUUUUAUCCUGAACGUGCUAGUGUUCGUAUACGUUCAUCAAUUCAAUUACUUCGAUCUUAUUUUGAAACGUAUCAUCCAAUUGAAUUUCAUUUAUAUACUGGAAAUGAUAUCAUAGGUCAAACACAAAUACCAUUACAUAAAAUUCUUAAACCAUUACAACAAAAACCAGGCAUGGAUAAAACAUUUGAUGUAUUAACAGAAGUAUAUCAUCUUCGACUUGUUUCAUCAAGUGGACAUGACAAAACAGAAACUACUGACGAUGAAGAUUCACAACCGAUUGUUAAAGUUGAAAUUUCAUUAGCACGAGAAACAGUAAUAAAUGAAUCAAAAUCAAAUAGUGAUAAACAACAACGAAAACGAUCCAACAGUGCCAAUAAUAAUCAGAGUUCAAACAUGACAGAUGUUGAGCAUGAAAAUAGUAUUCCACAACGAGUUCAACAAAUAUCUAUAAAUAAUCAUGCUACAACAGAUGAUCGUCUACCUUCACCAAUUCUUCAUACUAUAAGUGAUCAUCAUCUAUCACAUCAUUAUUGUUUAUCAAUUGAUUUAAAAUCACUUCGUAAUUUACGUUUAUUACAUUCAACAUAUUUAUAUUGUCGUUAUAUUUAUCCAUUUCUUGGUACAUCAACACCAAUAUUAACACAUCCACCAUUACAUAUUCCAUAUACAUCAUCAGCACCACCUAAUGAACAUUUAUUACCACAUGGUUUAUGUAUAUUUAAUUUUGCUGUUGAUACUGAACAAUUAACAUCUCAUUUUCAUCGUGAACCAUUAACUAUUGAAGUUUAUUGUCGUGAUCAAGAACGUAGUGAACGUAAAGAUGAAUUAUUUGGUAUUGUUCAUGUACAAUUAGAUAAAGUAUUACAAGUUGAAAAACAACGUUGUUCAUCAAAUAUUAAUGGAAUUCUUGGAUGGAGACAAACAUGGACUCAAGCAUUACCUGUUAUUGGACAUAAUACGGAAAAACGUGCAGAAUUAUUAAUUACAAUUACAUUAGAAGAUCUUGGUGCACUUCAUCUUAAUUCAUCUACAACACCUCGACCUCAUUCUGUUCCACCGCAUUGUGGUAUUGAUACAAUUUUUCAUCGUCCACAUGAUGAUGCAUAUAUACAAGCCGCAUAUGAACUACAAUUAUGGAAAGAAAGUCGAGAACUUGAAUUUGAAAAACAUUUACGGGAAGUUGAAGCAAAAAAAAUUUAUGAAUUAAUGGAAGCAUUUAAAGAAAAAGAUCGUGAACGUGAAUCAUUACUUCAAAAAAAGAUGAAAGAAUAUGGAGAUUUAGAAAAACAAAUGAAAAAAGCUUUAAUAGAUAUUGAAAAACGUGAAAAACAAUUGAAUGUUAAAGAGCAAGAAGUUCAACGUAUGCAAAUUGAUUUAAAACGUGAUUAUGAUAAUAAAUAUAUUGAAAUACGUGAAGCAUCAAAACGUUUACAAGAACAAUCUGAACAUCAAAUAACACUUGAAAAAAGUAAAAAUCAAGCAUUAGAUGAUGAUAUUAUUCGUUUAAAACGUUCCGUAGCCGAAUGGGAAAAACGUUAUCGUGAUAAAGAACAAGAAUUUUUUUCUUAUAAAGACAAACAACGUAGUGCACCAGAAGUUAAACUUCAAGCUGAAAUAAAUAUGAUUACAAUUGAAAAGAAUGAACUUCAACGUAAAUUAGAUGCUUCAUUAACAUCAGCUGAACGUUAUAAACAACAAUGGCUUAAAGCAUUAAAAGAAUUUCGACGUCUUCAACAACGUGAGCAUGAUCAAUCAAAAUUUUUAGUUCAAAAACAACAACAAGAACUUGAACAUAUGCGAUUAAGAUAUUUAGCUGCUGAAGAAAAUGAAAUUAUGAAAAGUGAUCAUAAACAAUUAGAAAAUAUUAAAAAUGAAUUAAAUAAAUUAAAAGAAGUCUCAUCAACACCAAUAGUUACUGGUGAUUACCAAUCAAAUUUAUCUAAUGAUAAUGAUCAUUUAGAACAAGUUGAUCAACAACUUGGUGUUUUAAUUGAACAUCGAGAUACAUUAUUACAAACAGGAACAUAUACACAUAAUGAUGCUUUGAUACAAGAACUUGAAAGACGAAUACAAGAAGCAAUGAAACGCAAAAGUAGCAGUAGUCGUUAUCAGUAG